CAAAAUAGGCGAAUGGCGCUGCUGUGGUAAAGUAUCGGAAGCGUGUGGGAACAUAUCUUAUGUUCGGCGGUAGACGAAAAAUAAAAACGGCAAUUUUUAUUUUCAGUUAUUAUCAAUAAAUCAUCACCACGUCUUUCCAAUUUGCACCUUUCAGUAACAACAUGGUAAGAGGUCGUGGUGGAAUGAUCAGAGGUGGUCGGGGAGGUAUGGGUCGUGGAAUGGGCUUUCCACGCAAGCAGUUUUUACCACGCCAUCCGUUUGACUACACGCUCUGCGAGGGUGCUUUCCCACGUGUCAAAUCUCCACCAGACGAAUCAGACUUUCAGACAGCUCUUCUAAAGAAGAACGCUGACAUGUGUCCUACACCGAAGGAGCAAACUUCUAUACUAAAUCUCGUGACGAAGCUGCAGGGUGUCCUUGAUAAUCUAAUCGUUGCGCCAGGAACGUUUGAAGCUUGCCAACUGGAAGAGGUGAGGCAAGUCGGCAGCUUCAAGAAAGGCACAAUGAUAAAGGGCCACAACGUUGCCGACAUUGUCGUCAUUCUGAAAACUCUGCCGACGAAAACGGCAGUGGAGGCUCUCGGGAACAAGGUCAACAACGAUCUGAAAACUGUGAAUUCCAAAGAGAUGUUCAGAGUGAUGCAGACUGAACGCGGAUUCGAUAUCGCCAACAAUGAGGCUACCGUGCGGGUGUUGAUAACUACGUUGCAUCAAAAUCUACGCAAGUUAGAAUCCGAUCAGCACCUGGACGUCAAGAUAUGCCAAGGACACCUCGCCGCUAUCAGACACUCUCGUUGGUUCGAGGAGAACGCUCAUCAUUCUAGCAUCAAGGUCCUGAUCCGGUUGCUCCGGGAUCUCCGAAGCAGAUUUGAAGGCUUGGAGCCACUGUCGCCGUGGAUGCUGGACCUAUUGGCACACAAUGCUAUAAUGAACAAUCCUAGCAGGCAAGCAUUGCCGAUAAACCAGGCGUACAAGAGAGUACUACAACUACUCGCUUCGGGACUGUUUCUUCCAGGAUCAGCAGGUAUUUCCGACCCGUGCGAGGGAGGUAAUAUACGCGUGCACACUGCGAUGACCUUGGAGCAGCAAGAUCUCGUGUGCCUCACCGCGCAGACGUUGCUGCGCGUGUUGGCUCACGGCGGUUACAGGCCGUUACUGGAAGGUUCGAACAAGCUCGCGGUGGAGAUGAGCGUGUGGGCCGGCGGGGUGGUGGCAAGCCCGCUGGACAAGGCGUAUGAGCCUCCCACGGAACAGGAGCAACAGGAGGACAUGGAUGAGAGCAAUGAGGAGAUGAUUACGGAGAGCGUUUAGAUAAUCGGCCACGUAAAAGUUGACGAACACGCAGCAUGGGUCUCCUCUUUUUUACACCAUGGAACAACGUUUACUUCCUUACGAAACAUACCGUAUUUAAUGUUUGCACGUAUGCUUUAAUGAUAAGUGACGAAUCAUCGAUACUUGAAGACUACAUGACGUCGCCUACAUUUGUGUUAAUAUUUACAGAUACUGAAAUUGUGUAUUCGUUUAAUUGAGAACUUUUCAUGCACGAGAAACGUGAAUUUGGAUGAAGAGACGAAUAACUGAGAGAAUAAAAAUUACACAUACUCUAC